AUGAACUGUACAAAAAUCGCCGAAGUAUACGUGCCCUGUUGGAAAACAGUCGAGAGGUUUGACGACACCUACCGUGGAAAGCCUUGCAACGUCAAGGACCCGCUAGCAUGCAACCCAAAGUUGUUCGAAGUAUGCUCGUUUCGUGGCGGCUUCUACGGGUGCACCUGCCCGCCAAACUUCUCUCGUCUCCCGGACGGACGGUGUAAAGUUGCCAACGAAUGUUUUGAACCCGGCAUGAACGAUUGCUCAGCAGAUGCUAUAUGUAUUGAUGAACCAGAAUCGUACCGCUGCGAAUGCAAGCCGGGCUACGAUGAUUUGUCAGAAGACAAGGUGCGCUUUCCGGGACGAAUUUGUAAGAAAAGAAGCAAGAUCAGUGCCUGCAGCAACCGAAGAGAAAGUGGUGUGGAUUGCGAUAAAAACUCUGACUGCGUAGACACGCCAAGAGGCUAUAGCUGCGUGUGUCGUGACGGUUACGUAGACGUUUCAGAAUAUUUUGGCAGGAAAGCUGGGCGGAUCUGUCGAAAAGGUCAGCUUUGGUUUUUUUUGCUGUAAAU